CGAAAUUAAGUCGAUAAGUCGAUUUCACGGCUGCCGGCUUUCCCGCCUUGGUAUCCUUUGCUCAACAGUUGGGAUGACGCGGCGGUUUAUCACGGUCUCCUGGUGUCCCCCUCCUGGCGUCCCUCCUCGAGCCAUGCAAGACCCCGGCCAGCCCUCACUUCAGCCUGUCCAAUCACCCGUGCUUGGCCAGCGGGGCCACCAGAACUGGCGCGAAAAGCGAGCGACGAUCAUUGAACUCAUGUCUGCAAGCGCACAACACCCAGUGCACAACACCGAGACUCCUCUUGGCUCCUCUGGCGUGCAUGCACUGUGCAUGCACCCGCCCAUGCACUCCAACAACCCAGUCAACAGCCCAAUACCAGCCAACCACUCCCUAAACCCCGAUCCCGCGCAGCCAGCCAGCCAGCUAGCCAGCUUCUGCCGCUCCGACUAG